AUGAAUACAUCGCACCCAAAAUACAUCACCGUUGCGGACCAGAGGAGUGAGAGGGCAUGGCAGUGGACAGAGUCAGAGGAUGCGCUGCGGACGUACCUCAUAUUCUUUGGCUUCCUUCUUGCCGGGGAGCUCCCCUUCGUACGGGAUGUGAGAUUUGCAGAUCUGCCAUACUUUGUAGGCCUUGCUACGAUAACGAUAUACAUUGGGGCACACAGAGGGCUGACAAAUAAAAUCAGGCAGCAGAUAACCCUGCGAGAGGGAGCCCUUGCGCCUGUAGCAGCUUCUGUAGCUCUGUUUGGCGGGUAUCUUCUUAUAAAAUUCUUUCCAGACCUCUCCCUCCAGCGCUUCCUGAACAUAUACUUCUGGCUCAUUGGAUCCAUAGCGAUUGUGGGCAACGUUGCACCUCCUCUCCGCAGAGCGGCAGGGGAGCUAGGCGAGUGCACCAUUCCCCUGACAUUCCCAGAAGGCUGGUUGCUAGAUGACGAUGGGAACUCUAUACGAGAGACUUCCAUCGCGCCCUCGGACAUAGCGGCUGUGCUGCUGGGCCUGGGAGUGGCCACGGUGGACCUGACCUGCAACCACUCCAGCUUCACCCUCAAUAACCUCAUCGCCUGCCUCAUCGCCACCGAUAUUCUGCAGCUGCUGGGCCUGAAGAGCUUCAAGGCGGCGGCGGUGAUGCUGGUGGGACUGGCGAUGUACGACAUCUUUUGGGUGUUUGGAUCGCCCAAGGUCAUCGGUGACAAUGUCAUGCUGGCAGUCGCCACCUCGGACAUCCUGACCGGCCCCACUCGCCUGCUCUUCCCGCGCUUCAGCGGCUCCCUAGGCGAGGGCUCCGCCUUCCCCUUCUCGCUCCUGGGGCUGGGGGAUGUGGCGGUGCCGGGUCUGCUGGCGUGCCUGGCGCUGAGAUACGACGCCUCCCGGGCAACGGACAUGCGCGCGCGGGCGCUGGCGGCUGCCGACGCCCUCAAGGACUCCCUCGCCUCCAUGCAGGCUGGUGCGACUGACAGGGAGAUCGCGCAUGCGGCGGCGGAUGCGGCGGAGGCCGCCUUUGAUGAGGUGGCGGACGCUGAGCUGGCGCACCGCGUCAGCACGCAGGGCGGCGCCUCUGCGUCCCCCUUUGCCGUCUCCGAUGCCGUGCUGCACCAGCGCACCUACUUUGUGCCCACAAUGCUCGCGUAUGUGGGUGGGCUGGGCAUUGCGUUUGGGGUGAACGCUGUGACUCACCUUGGGCAGCCCGCGCUGCUGUACCUGGUGCCUGCCACUCUGAGCGCCAUCGUGGUGGUGGGAGCGUUCCGCGGCGAGCUCAUGCGCGUCAUUAGCUUUGUCGACAGCCCUUCGCCCGCAGUUGAGAAGGCUCUGGCCCGGCAGAAUGCCAAGGAGUGA